AUGGUAAAGUUUUUAACAUUUGAAAUAUUCGAUAAUCAGAAUCUACCACCAUCGGAGCCUGAUGAGUCGUUGGAGCCCCUCGAGAUCAUUGCAGCGCUCAACGACUUUCUGGUAUCGACAAAAGGUGGUACGAUUCUGCAUUAUACGAUCGGUGCAACCGAGUCCACCAUUCUCAACCGAUUCGCAGCGCAGUCAAAGCAUAUCAUUGCCAUCCACUAUUUGCCUGCCAACGAUGCCAUUCUCACGCUCGAGCGUGAAACAGACACCUCCAAGAUCCAAGUAGUCAGACUCUAUCAGAAUUGGCGACAGAAUCAAUCGUUUGAAGAUGCAUCACACGGUUUAUCAUCCAGUCCAAUAGUUAGUUCUUCGCCAAUCAUUGGUGGAGGUAACAACAACAACAACAACAACAACAGUUCAUCUUUAGCCAGUAUGUUAUUACAACAACAACAGCAACAACAACAACAUGGUCAUGCUAAUAGUAGUAGUAAUAGUCAUGGUAAUGGUAAUGUUUCAUUACCAACUGUUUUAAAGAUACCACUCGCUACUACGGUUACUGCUAUCAAUGUUUGUCCGGUGACGAGUCGUGUCGUUGUCGCUACCGAGAAGAACGUUAGUCUGUGGAGUAGUGUUAGUGGUGGUCAUCUUAUUACAUCGUUCGAGCGUAUCCUAGACAUCGAUGCAGAGAAUGUUAAAAAGGUUGCAAUCUACGAUGGAUACAUUGCAUACUCAACACUGGUAGACGUCAAAAUACUUUCGCUAAACAUUCACUAUCAAGAGCCAAUAGCAGAGACAACUGCAAACUCACAGAUAACACCACCAUCGAAUGCCGCUGUAAAUAAUGGACCGUCAGAGAUUGUUGAAGAUGAACAUUACUUUGAGGUGAAUUUCGAUGGAAAUGGUAAUCAGACAGGAAAGAAUCAGUUGAGUCUAUUGCAGAUGGUCAAUAGCAAUCAACAUGUAGAUGAGAACGUUCAUGAGAUUAUAGGACCGAUCACAGAUAUCGAUCAUGGUAUCAGUGUAAAUACUGACUUUGGAUAUAUAUUGUUAUCGUCUACCUUGGUGUUGAGCAGACGAUUCUCACAAGACGACAAUAUUCAUUCGUUAUUCUUCUUACCAGAUGGUUCACAUUCAUCAAUAGAUGAAUUAAAUAUAAGUAAUAAUAGUAAUACACAACAAUCAACAAAUGUACAUCAACAUCAACAACAUAAUAAUCAAAAUCAACAACAACAACAACAACAUAGUAAUAGUAAUCAUGGAAAGAUACAAUCAAUGCAAAUGAGAUGUGUAUUCUCAACACAGAAAGAAGGUUUUCUUUAUAAUAUAUCGAAACCAUCACUUCUUGCUUAUUAUAUGUAUGCAAGUGACACUGUGUUUUGUGCUGCCAAUCAUUGUUUCUUGUAUACGCUAUCGGCAGACGGCAUCCAGACUUGGUCGCUGCGAACGUGUGAAGGCGCAGAGCAUGGUAAUGACAUACCGGCACCGUGUGGUUUCGGUAUGAAACGAUUCAUCGGGUUGUCUUCUAUGGCUGUGAUGGGUGAGUAUCUAGUGAUUCUCUCAAAGAUCGCCAAUGACAUAACAGAGUCGUUGACACCGUCGUUCAUGCGGUCACCCUCACGUGUACUCUCGCCAAAGAAGCAGGUCGACGGUCAUAGCAACAGCAGUAAGUCGUCGUCCAAACAGAUCUGGUCGAUCUAUAUAUUGCACCAUACACCACUGCAGUCGCUGUACACUCAGAUCCUUGAGUACGCUACCGCUGUCAAAGAUAAAGACGAAGACGUCUAUCACCAACUCUUGCUAGAAGGUCACUUCCUCUUGCAAUCGAAACUCUCGAAUCAAUUUAGAUCCAACCCAAACAUGAAUGAUGUUGCAUCGAUAGUUAAUCAUGACGUCGAAAGAAAGAACUUUAAGAAACUACUACGUAAAUCAUCUUCUUUCCUUGGUGAAAAUCAACAAGAUUAUAUGAGAGCUGCUCUAUGGUAUAGUUCAAGUGAUACUGAUAUCGAAUUGGUAUUCAAUAUGUUAAAAGAAAACAAAGAAUCACAAAAAGCACUUAGCUAUUAUUUAAAACAAGUUUUAUUUAAUCCAUCUUCAGUUGAAUUAUUAGCAGACAAAGAAGAUCUUAGUAAUAAGAUUCUUGAACAUUAUUAUUCUGAAAGUCCACAUAAUCUAUCAUUCCUUAUUUUAGAAUCAUCUGUUUCAUCUUAUUCACAAAAAUUAGCAAUAGAUUUAUUAAAGAGAUUAUCAGAGACAUGUGACUUUGAUUUAGAACAAAGAAAUAUGAAUUACUUUGCACUGGGAUUGUUGUAUUUAGAUCAGAAUAACAUUGAAGAUACUAUGUCAUCUUUGAAUCAGAUACCGGUGGAUUCAUUGAUAAAGCUUUGUUUGAAGAAUCCAAAGCUAUUGUUGACUACGAUGGGUGAGAACAAUCCGACUGCUCUCGGAAAGAUACUAAGACAAUCGAUUCCUUGGGGUCUGUUAGAGAUAACCAUUCAGUUGGUGCGCAAAAAGGAUAUAUCACCCGAUGAAGCAUUCACCAUAUUGCUACAUUCGACCACCACGUUUGCAACGAAUGGCAUAUUGAAUAGCAACAGCAGUAACUAUCAUCACGAGGAUUUCGAUAUGGAUGCACUGCUACUGAAGAUCUACUUGGAGUGGUUCCUGAAUGAACACUGCAAUGCUAUCAAUGUCAAUAAUAUCGGUUCGUUGGUGACACUCUCCACCACUUCGUCGACAUCGAAUCUCGUCGAGUUGGUUCCACCGUUCAUCAAGUAUCUCAUUCACCUCUACGUGCAAGACAUCCACAGAUUCCGCGGUGACGACAAACAACUGUUCCAAUCACUCAAUAUCGAUGUAGCAAUGAUUGUAAACUAUACACCAACCAACAAAAUCAGUAGUACUAACAAACAACAUCCUCAAAGUCAAUUAAACAAUAUGAUUACAACAGAUGAAUAUUGUAAUCAUUGGAUUAUGUAUCAUUUAAAAACCUAUUCAAUUAUUCCUCAAUGGCUGUCCAAGUUACCACCAUUCUCUUUGGACUUUAAUAGAAAUCCAUCGGAGAAAGAAGAUCCAAACAAUCAACUCUCGUCACUGUACUAUAGAAAAAUUCAAUCGCUUCUCUCAACUACAAAGGUGACCGACUUUGAGUUUAUGGAGAAUGUAGAACUGAUGUUUGCCAGCGAUCCAGAGAAUAUCAUGUUUGUAUCGUUGCAGUUGGCUUGUCUACCGUUGUUGGACCGUACCGACGAGGGUAUCAAACUUGCAACCAACACCGACAUUGCUAUCAUGUUGGAGUAUGGUUUGCAUUUCUGUAAGCACAACGACUGGUCGGUCGUACUCGACCAAAUGCUGCGCCGUUACCUGGCAGUCAGCCACGAAGUUCAGAAUCAACUGAUCCUGUUGGAGUACGAACGUGUCUUGGACUAUCUUACCAGCUACAUGGAUCCAGAGGCAUUCCUUCAGCUACUACCGUCCAACGGUAAAAUGGAUUACUUCCUCCCAUUCAUUGAGAAAUCAUUCUCCAAUCACUAUGCCAAGUUACUAAAAGCAAAACUUACAGACUUUUUGUUUGUUGAAUAA